AUGGCCAUUUUGGUACCGGCGAGGCUUGCUCAACCGCCACGCCCACUAGUGACCAUCUCAAGCCCCGGGCUGCGGCCACCAAGAUGGUCAGAUGAUGAUAUCUCGGAUUGCUGGGCGCCGAUCAUGAAGAUCGAUGGUUGUGUAACUGAGAUGUAUGAGUUUCUGUACAAGAAUCAAUUCAGCAGUGUUGGCCCUCAAUGCUCCCAGGCUAUCGGGAAAAUUGACGACAGUUGCUGGCCUAGAAUGUUUCCUUUCCACCCGAAAUUUCAGUCCAUGAUCAAGGAACACUCUGCUAAGUUUGUGUGGCCUGAGGUUCCAGAAUAG